AAAACUUUUUUCGUUCCGGCUAUGUUGACUGUGCUUUCCCGUCGCAGCGCUGCCGCUGGUUCCGGCGUGCUUCGCUCGCUCUCUACUUGGUCUGCAGUGCCAGCUGGCCCUCCAGACCCAAUUCUUGGCGUCACAGAGGCAUUCAAAGCCGACAAGGACCCUCGCAAAAUUAACCUUGGUGUUGGCGCCUACCGUGAUGGGAAUGGAAAGCCAUACGUCCUCGAGUCUGUGAAAAAAGCAGAAGCUCUCGUUGACGCGUCUAAACCCGACAAGGAAUACCUUCCAAUCACUGGUCUCGCCGACUUCAACAAGAACGCCGUUAAAUUGGCUUAUGGCGAGGAUAGCGCCCCGUUGAAAGCAGGAGCUAUUGCCGCAACGCAGUCCAUUUCUGGAACUGGUGCCCUCCGUAUUGGUGCUGCCUUUUUAGCGCGUCACUACCCUCACUCCAAGGUUGUCUACCUGCCAAAUCCUUCCUGGGGAAAUCACACACCAAUUUUCCGCGACUCUGGCUUCGAAGUCCGCAAGUACUCUUAUUUCGACCCCACCACCAUCGGGUUGAACUUCAAGGCUCUGAAGGAGGACCUGGCUAAUGCUCCAGAACACUCCGUUGUUCUCCUUCAUGCCUGUGCACAUAACCCUACGGGUGUCGACCCUACGCAAGAGCAAUGGGCUGAGAUCUCUGACAUUUGCAAAGAGCGCAAACUUUUCCCUUUCUUUGACAUGGCAUACCAAGGCUUCGCUUCUGGCUCCACCUCGCGUGAUGCGUUUGCUGUCCGAUACUUCGUUUCGCAAGGCCACCAAAUUUCUUUGUGUCAGUCCUUUGCGAAGAACAUGGGUCUCUAUGGCGAACGUGUCGGUGAAUUCUCACUGGUGACCAGCGACCCGGAAGAAAAAGCUCGUGUCGAUAGUCAACUCAAAAUCAUCAUCCGACCCAUGUAUUCCAACCCACCUCUCCAUGGAGCCCGUAUCGCCAAUACCAUUCUAAGCACGCCCGAACUUUACGCGCAAUGGGAGAGCGAGGUCAAGAGCAUGGCUGACAGAAUCAUCAGUAUGCGCGAGGAGCUGUACAACAUUCUUUCAAAGGAUCUCAAGACUCCUGGUGAAUGGGGCCACAUCAAGAGCCAGAUUGGCAUGUUCAGCUUCACUGGGCUGAAGAAAGAGCAAACUGUUGCUCUUGCUCAGAAGGCCCACGUCUACAUGACUGCCGAUGGUCGAAUUUCCAUGGCUGGAUUGAACUCGAACAACAUCGGAUACUUUGCGGAGUCCGUAGAUGGUGCGGUUCGCGGUAAUUUGUAG